AUGUCUUUGAGCACUUUCAAGGAGACCCUUAAGCCCUGCAAAAACAACCCAUCUGCAUCAUCUUCUUCUUCUUCAUCUUUUUCUUCAAUUUCCCACAAUUUUGACUCUUCCAUAAACCCUAGGAAACCCCCCAAAUCUUCACUGUCUCAGCAGCUUUUGCGCCUUCAACACCAAGAGUCCACCUUCUAUUUGCCUCGGACUCAGCUAAAAAGCCCAAAAACAGAGACCCUUUUGGGACCUGAAGCUGAAGAUAAUGAUGAUGAAGAAGAAGCGGAGGAGGAAAAAAAGCAAGAUAGGAUUUUUAGGCCAAAGAUGGAGUCUUUUCAGUUUGAUCAUACUGGACCUUUUGAACCAUUAGUUCUCUCUUUACCUGGUGAAAUUUCUGUGGUUCAGGUACCCCCAUCUAUUAAUUGCAGACUCUUAGAACAUCAGCGAGCUGGUGUUAAAUUUUUAUAUAAUUUAUACAGGAACAAUCAUGGAGGUGUUUUGGGAGAUGACAUGGGAUUGGGCAAGACAAUCCAGACAAUUGCAUUUUUGGCUGCUGUUUUUGGAAAGGACGAAGAAGCUGACAACUUAACAUCAUUGAGGGGAAAUCAGCCUGAGAAGAAUGACUGUGUUCUAAUUGUUUGUCCGACAUCUGUUAUUCACAACUGGGAGAAUGAAUUUUCAAAGUGGGCACCGUUCUCUAUCGCUGUUUAUCAUGGACCUAACCGUGAUUUAAUAAUUGACAAACUAGAAGCUCGAGAAGUGGAGAUAUUGAUAACUAGUUUUGACACCUACAGAAUUCACGGUACUAUAUUGUCAAAAGUUCAAUGGGAGAUAGUGAUUGUUGAUGAGGCACACAGGCUAAAGAAUGAGAAGUCAAAACUUUAUAGAGCAAUUUUAGAGAUUAAAACCCAGAAACGAUACGGUUUGACAGGAACAAUCAUGCAGAACAAACUAAUGGAAUUGUUCAAUUUGUUUGAAUGGGUAGUACCUGGUUGCUUAGGAACACGUGAACAUUUCAGGGAGUUUUAUGAUGAACCUCUCAAGCAUGGCCAAAGGUCAAGUGCUCCAGAAAGAUUUAUUAGAGUUGCUGAUGAUCGAAAACAGCACUUAGUGACAGUAUUACGCAAGUAUUUGUUGAGAAGGACCAAGGAGGAAACCAUCGGGCAUCUUAUGAUGGGAAAGGAAGAUAAUGUUGUAUUCUGUGCCAUGAGUGAGUUGCAGAAACGGGUAUACCAGAGAAUGUUACAGCUACCUGAUAUCCAGUGCCUUAUUAAUAAGGACCUUCCAUGUAGCUGUGGUAGCCCUCUGAAACAAGUAGAGUGUUGCAAAAAGAUAGUGCCCAAUGGAGUCAUUUGGCCAUACCUUCACAGAGAUAAUCCAGAUGGUUGUGAUUCAUGUCCUUUUUGCCUUGUUCUCCCUUGCCUUGUCAAGCUUCAGCAGGUGAGUAAUCACUUAGAGCUCAUCAAACCAAAUCCAAAGGACGAUCCUGAUAAACAAAGAAAAGAUGCAGAAUUCGCUGCUGCAGUAUUUGGUACAGACAUUGAUUUGGUGGGAGGACAUACCCAGGAUGAGAGUUUUAUGGGUCUAAGUAAUGUCAAACAUUGUGGUAAGAUGAGGGCUCUGGAAAAAUUAAUGUUCUCAUGGCUUUCCCGGGGUGACAAGGUCCUACUUUUCAGUUACUCUGUCAGAAUGCUGGACAUACUUGAAAAGUUCCUUAUACGCAAAGGCUGUUGCUUUUCAAGACUUGAUGGAUCUACUCCGACUGGAGUACGCCAGUCUCUUGUUGAUGACUUCAACUCAAGUCCAAGCAAACAGGUCUUCCUCAUAUCAACUCGAGCUGGUGGGCUUGGACUCAAUCUUGUUAGUGCAAAUCGUGUAGUGAUCUUUGACCCAAAUUGGAAUCCUGCCCAGGAUUUGCAGGCACAAGACAGGUCAUUCCGUUAUGGGCAGAAGCGGCAUGUCAUUGUUUUCCGUCUUCUUGCAGCCGGUUCUCUAGAGGAACUAGUUUACACCAGGCAGGUUUACAAGCAACAACUAGCAAAUAUUGCUGUUUCUGGGAAAAUGGAGAAACGUUACUUUGAUGGUGUGCAGGAUUGCAGAGAAUUUCAAGGAGAGCUGUUUGGUAUCUGCAAUUUGUUCCGCGACCUGUCUGAUAAGCUUUUCACCAGUGAAAUAAUUGAAUUGCAUGAAAAGCAAGGAAUAGAGCAUGGAGAUUGUGAGAGUUCAAAGCAGAUUUUUACUGAACUUCAGAAGUGUUUUCUUCCACAGAAGGAAUUAACUAAUACGUCUGCGGAAGCAUCUCAGAACAGCAAACCUAAAGAUGCAAGUAAAGAACCGGUCGAACCAGUACUUGAAGACUUGGGUAUUGUAUACGCUCACCGAAAUGAAGAUAUUGUUAAUUACGGACCCUGGAUUCAAGGAGAUAAAGAAUUGGAUACGAAUUUAAAGGGCACUGUGCAACAUUCACUCCUUCUUGUUGCCAGGAGGAGGAAAUCAGAAGCAGUAGCAGGUAGCAAAAAUACUAUAGAAAAUGCUGCUUCAUCCAAGAUGAGGAAAAAGAGCCAGUAUAGCCUCCUUGCUCAGUUCAUGGGUAUGGAGGAAGUAGAAUUCAGCAAGUGGUUACUUUCAGCGAAUCCAGAAGAACGGGAGAAAGUCCUCCGGGACUAUAAGAGGAGAAAGGAUAAGAUUCCAAAUGGCUGAUAUCUUUCCUCAUCAGGAAGGCAGAGUUUUUGUAAUGCAAAUUGUAACGCUUUGUGGAUAGAUUUCUGUCUCCGUCGCUCUGGCAGUCUUUUCAGGCCAAAUUGACUGUGGCCAUAUUCUGGCCUUCUGGCCUCAUCGUAACAUAGUGUAAGCGUCAAUCUGUCUGUAGUUAGCAAAUAUGUUGUUUGUCCAUAGAUCUUUCCCAAACUAUGGAAGUCGGUUGCUGUCAUUUGGGACUUUAGCCGUGAGUCGCUGUAUGCAUUCGUUUACUGACGUCUGGGUUAAUUCUCUUGAUCCGUUAAUCUUCUUGGAAGUUUUUUUAGAGCAUACUAAUUGAUGCACUUGGAAGACAAGGUUGAAACUC